AUGGAGAUAUAUGCGGCUGGCGCCGUCGCGGCCUUCACCGUCGACGUCCUCGUCUAUCCGCUCGACACCCUGAAGACGCGUUACCAGAGCCAGGACUACAUCAAGACGUACGCCCCGGGCUCCAGCAAUAAAGCCCUAGCGAUCCGUGGCCUGUACCAGGGCAUUGGCAGCGUGGUGCUUGCCACUCUCCCAGCAGCCGGCUUGUUCUUCUCGACGUACGAGCAUGCCAAGGAAGUCAUUGGAAGGACGGUGCACGUCCACUCCGCCUUCGUCCACUCGUCCGCCUCGGCAGUUGCCGAGAUGGCAUCGUGCCUCGUCCUCGCCCCAGCCGAGGUGAUUAAGCAAAAUGCUCAGAUGCUGCGACAAGACCCUGCCAGUCGCAACGCCAACAGAUCGACGUCACUGCGAGCCUUUCGCCAACUCGCCGGUCCAGGCGCCCCGGGGCGCUUGUUCUCGGGUUACACGGCGCUCGUCGCGCGCAAUCUGCCCUUCACCGCCCUGCAAUUCCCAGUCUUUGAACAUAUUCGUUCGCGUCUAUGGCAGUCCAGGCUCAAGGACCGCGUCGACCAGAGCAGAGGCGUGUGGGAGACUGGCAUGGUGGCCGGCGCCAGUGCUGGUUCUGCCGGCGCGUUCGCAGCGUUUGUGACGACGCCCAGCGAUGUCGUCAAGACCCGCAUGAUGCUCAUGGGCCCGGACGACAGCAUAGAACGGUCCAGGAAGGGGGCGUGGAGUGUGACGAGGCAGAUAUACCACGAGCGAGGGCUCAAAGGCUUCUUUCGAGGAGGGCUCUUCCGCUCUGCCUGGACUGCCUUAGGAAGCUCGUUGUAUCUUGGGACGUAUGACAUGGCUAAGCUCUGGCUGAAGCGUCGGAGACCAGAGAUAGACGACUCAAUUGGACUGUGA